CUGUCAGAUUAUGGAAAAGGAUCCACUUCCUCCUCCGUAUGCAGUACCACCCACAAAUCCUGACUAUGGGGCUGGAUAUCCUCCAUAUACUGCCCAGCCAGGUCCAGCCCAACCUCCAGCUCAAUAUGGAAUGAACCAGCCAGCACAAGUGGUGACAGUGGUGGUAGCAAAUUUGACUGAUCUCCCUGGUCUGAUGCAGUGUCCUCAUUGUCAGUCCCAAAUUUUGACUGAAACCAGACCUAUUUCUGGCCUUUUGACCUGGCUCUUGUGUGGUUGCUUCUUCGUGUUCUUGUGUUGGCCAUGUUCUUGCAUUCCAUUCUGUGUGGACUCCUGUAAGGAUGUGGAGCACCUUUGCCCACAAUGCCACCGGACGGUGGGCCGUUACAAACGCAUGUGAAAGCCCUGAAUGUUUGGAAUAUGUUUUAGGAACAUAUAAGUACUGUUUUAGGAACAUAUACUGUAACUUACCCCCACAUAUUUACAGGGGGUCCUAUUUUAAUGACGCAGCCUAUUCAACUCAACUAGUCUUAUGGGGGGACUGUAUAUUUUCUUCUCUGAACAUUAAAAAAAAAGAAAAGUGAAGUGAUUGAAAAAA